AUGUCCGUGCCGCCGUACCGCGGCGGGCAAGCCAAAACCGACACGCCGAACACCUCGUCCCUGCCAAACGCCUUUGGUCACAGCAGAGUUACGCCACCAACCACCCCGCCCGCCAACAUCCUCAGACGCUCCCUGCGGCUGCAGUUGGGCUCGCCCGCGUCCAAGGGCACGCCGAUGUCGCGCGGCAGCAGCAGCGGCAUCUACGACAGUACCCAGUUGGAAGCUGUCUUUGGUGCCGCAGGCGCCGUGGCGAAGCCCCGCAAAGGCACUCUCCUCCUCAGCAAUAGUUACGGCACCAACGCAGCAGCGGGAACCCGCUCCCAGCGUAAAUUGAACACGCCUUUUGUAGCACCCAACACAGUGGAUUCCGUGGCGUCUGAGGAGGCCGCCGUACCCACAUUCAGUGAACUGGAGCUGGACAAAGUGUGCGUCAUCGUGCGGGUUCGACCGAAGGUGUCAAAGAAUAUGAUGCCGCCUUGUUGCCGCGUCAUCAGGGGCACCGGUAUCGUGGAGUACACGGCGCCCUUGCGGGAGUCACCGGCUUUGGUAAAUACCCCCAGAAGUGUAUCCUCCAUUGUGUCUUCCCGGCAGACCACUGCCGUAGCUGCGUCGCACGAAGGUCGAAGGACCUUCUUCACCUACAACGCCGCGCUUGGCGAGUCCGCCAAUCAAAACGAUACGAUGGUGUGUGUUGGGUAUAAAAUGCUGCGGCACCUGCAGAAGGGGUACAACGCCACCAUACUGUGCUACGGGCAAAGUGGAAGCGGUAAGACGCACUCGAUGAUUGGGCCGGCCGGUGGCGUCCCUGAAAGGUUGCAGAAGGUGGAGGAUUUUGGUUUGAUGCCGCGCAUGUUGGAGGGCCUCUUCACUUUGCUGCAGGAGAAGUUUCCAAUGGAACCGGAAAAGGAGAAAGACUCCAGCGACCUCGUCAGGAAUGCCCUGGAGGAGGAAGACGAGGAUGGGGACAGUGAGGGGCCGAUCGGGCCUGGUUGGUAUGCAGAAAUCGGGGCGUUGGAGCUUUACCAGGAGGAGAUGCGGGAUUUGUUAGCUGAGUGCUCACCGUCAAACUACUCCAGCCAUGCCGCGAGCGUCGUCAGUCACUCCAACUCCGCCACUGCGAUCAGGACGGUACCCCUGCCGACAGUUGAGGAUGGCUUCCUAUCCGACGCUGUAGAGCCCACGGAGAACAUCGGGAGGAGCCCGCACCCGCGUUGCAUUUCUGGAGCCGCGUGGUCGCGACUAUCGCGCUUCAUGCGGUCGGUGCCCUCCUCAGCACGCGAGUUAAGAAUUUGUGAGGACCCCAGCUGGGGCGUUGCCGUGAGUGGGCUUUCCUGGCAUCCGGUGAGCUCCUUUGACGCCGCCAUGCAGGUGCUGCUGCGGGCCACGCGGAUGCGCCGACGCGGCUCUACCUCGUUGAAUGAACGCAGCAGUCGCUCCCACUUUUUUUUGUUUGUCGCCUUGCAGCAGUGGGGCGUUGAGGAGGGAGCGGGGGGGGGCAGAGGGGCUGGGGCAGAAAGGCGGGGGCAGAACGAGUUCGCUUCUGACGCUGGUUGA